UAAUAAAAACAGUUAUUACAUUGAACUUGAUGAUUAUAGUAAACUUCAUCACAAAACCAACACUCUCUCUUUUCCAUUCUGGUGCAGAUCUUGAACUUCAACUUGAGCUUUCUUGUCUCUUUCAAUCACAAAAUCUGCACCAAGAAAUGGACUCAACCAUUGGAUCUCGUGCUGGUUUUGUAGCUUUUCUGUUUUUACUAUUCUCUUGCUCGACAUUCACUUCCACAGAAGCUUAUGAUCCGUUAGAUCCAAAUGGGAAUAUCACACUCAAAUGGGAUAUUAUUAGUUGGACUGCAGAUGGUUAUGUUGCUGUUGUUACAAUGUACAACUUUCAACAAUAUCGCCAUAUUCAAGAGCCGGGAUGGACAUUAGGGUGGACAUGGGCUAAAAAGGAAGUAAUCUGGAACAUGAUGGGAAGCCAAACAACAGAACAAGGAGAUUGUUCAAAAUUCAAAGCAGGAAUCCCACAUUGUUGUAAGAAGGAUCCGACAGUUGUUGAUCUGUUACCAGGAACACCUUACAACCAACAGAUUGCAAAUUGUUGCAAAGGCGGUGUCUUGAAUUCAUGGGCUCAGGAUCCAAGCAACGCAGUAAGUUCUUUUCAGGUUAGUGUCGGUUCUGCUGGAACAACUAAUAAAACAGUUAAGCUUCCGAGAAAUUUCACCCUCAGAGCACCAGGUCCUGGUUACACUUGUGGUCCGGCAAAAAUCGUCAAACCAACUCAAUUUAUUACUAGUGACAAGAGGAGAGUCACACAAGCCUUGAUGACAUGGAAUGUUACCUGCACGUAUUCUCAAUUCUUGGCUCAAAAGACACCAACUUGUUGCGUUUCACUCUCAUCCUUCUACAAUGAUACAAUAGUAGACUGCCCAACCUGCACUUGUGGCUGUCAAAACAAAACACAACCGGACAGUUGUGUAAAUCGAAACUCUCCACAUUUAUCUUCAGUUGUAUCAUCAUCAGGAAAACCGUUAAAUACACCUCUAGUCCAAUGUACAAGUCACAUGUGUCCGAUUCGAGUGCAUUGGCAUGUGAAGCUAAAUUAUAAAGAGUACUGGAGGAUCAAGAUCACAAUCACGAAUUUCAAUUACAGAAUGAACUACUCUCAAUGGAAUCUCGUGGUGCAGCAUCCCAAUUUCGAUAAUCUUACUCAGCUUUUCAGCUUUAAGUACAAGUCGCUAAAUCCCUAUGAGGGCUUAAAUGAUACAGGUAUGCUUUGGGGAGUGAAAUUCUACAACGAUUUUCUUUCAUCAGCUGGAUCAUUAGGUAAUGUGCAAUCAGAAAUCUUAUUCAGAAAGGACAAAUCAACAUUCACAUUCGAUAAGGGAUGGGCCUUUCCUCGAAGAAUUUAUUUCAACGGUGAUAAUUGUGUUAUGCCUCCUCCAGAUGCUUAUCCUUGGUCACCAAAUGCAUCUUCAAAACUAGUUUUCUCUUUACUUACUACACUCAUAGCCACUUUAGCUUCUUUGUUAAUCUUAUUGAGUUGAUCAUAGAGAGUUUUUCUCUAUGGAGACAUAAAGGCUCCGCCAUAUACAAUUCCAUUCUGCAUCAAAUUAUUAAAGACGAUCGAUGUCAACUCCAUUGUGGAAAAUGCACAAGAAGCUGCCAUUGAAGCAAUAAAAAGAGAUGCAGGUGGAUGAAUAGUUGCCACAAGAAUUCUUUCCUUUUAUUUAUUUUAAGUGUUGGUUUUUUUUACCUUCAUUUAUGUAACAUAUUUUUGUAUCAUUUGUAUUGUAUAACUAUUUUAAGUUACUUGCUUGUAUGAUUAUUUUUUCCUAGAGAAUAUCCAAUCUAUUUGUUGUUCAAAUGAA